AUGGCGCACCAAUUCCAUAAGGAGCCCGAGUUCGAGACACUACAGCUACAUGCGGGGCAAGAGCCCGAUCCAACGACAAAUGCGCGAGCGGUGCCCAUCUACGCAACGUCUAGCUUCGUUUUCAACAACUCCGAGCAUGCGGCAGAUCUCUUUGGCCUUAGGGCAUUUGGGAACAUCUAUUCUCGUAUUGGAAAUCCGACCGUUGAAGUCUUUGAGAAACGGAUGGCAGCUCUCGAAGGAGGUGCUGCAGCAGUUGCGGCUUCGAGUGGUCAGGCGGCGCAGUUUAUGGCAAUCUCCACUAUUGCCGGUGCUGGAGACAACAUCGUCUCGACUUCGUAUUUAUAUGGCGGUACCUAUAACCAGUUCAAAGUGUAUCUGAAGAAGUUCAAUAUCGGGGUCAAAUUCGUCACCAGCGAAGAUCCGGCGGCGUUCGCGGCUGCGAUCGACGAAAACACGAAGGCUAUAUAUGUCGAGAGUAUUGGCAACCCAAAGUACAACGUCGCACCGCUACCCGAGCUUGCCAAGGUUGCCCACGACAACAACAUCCCCCUUAUCGUAGACAACACAUUCGGCAUGGGUGGAUAUUUGAUUCGCCCAAUUGAGCACGGUGCCGACAUCGUAGUGCACAGUGCGACGAAGUGGAUUGGUGGACACGGAAACACCAUUGCAGGCGUCGUCAUUGACUCAGGCAAAUUUGACUGGGCACGCUCCGGAAAGUUCCCCACAUUCACUGAGCCCUCGGAAGGCUACCACGGCUUGCGAUACAGCGAAACGUUUGGGCCUAUUGCCUUCGCAAUCAAGUGCCGCGUGGAAGUGCUGCGUGACCUUGGGUCGUCGAUGAAUCCCUUCGCUGCGUUCCUGCUACUGCAGGGCCUCGAAACGCUCAGCUUGCGAGGACAGCGUCACUCUGACAAUGCCCUCAUUCUUGCACAAUGGCUGGAGAAGCACGACAAGGUCGCGUGGGUAUCGUACCUCGGGCUCGAGUCGCACUCCUCGCACGCAGUCGCGAAACGGCUCUGCAGGCCAAACAUCUACGGCGGCGUGCUGAGCUUCGGCGUCAAAGGCGACGCAAAAAUUGGCAGCAAGAUCGUCGACAACCUGCGCCUCGCAAGCAACCUUGCGAAUGUGGGCGACGCGAAGACGCUUGUGAUCCACCCCGCGACGACGACGCACCAGCAGCUCACGACCGAGGAGCAGUUUGCGUCGGGCGUGACGCCUGAUCUCAUCCGGGUAUCUGUUGGUAUCGAAAAUAUCGCGGAUAUCAUCGCGGACUUCGAUGCAGCCUUGCAGGCUGUGCCGUAA